AAAUAAAACUUACUUACCAAUUAAUAAAUUAUUUUCUCACAAACAUAAUGCAAAACUGUGUUAUAUUACCAAUAUAAAAUACACAGCUGAUUUUCCCCUCCUCAGGUGCCUCACAGACUCCUCUCCCCUGCGCUCCACAGCUUUAAGCAUUACACCAAUUUUCGUAUUUUCGCAGCUGUGAAUGACAUCAACCCCCCCAACCAAAAAAAGCACCUAAGGACAAAAAAACUAAUUCGGCUCCCCAACUCGGCUUCCACCGAAGAGCCGGCUCCCGUCGUUCACUUCAAAGAGCCGGCUCUUUGAACCGGAUCGUUCGCGACCGACACAUCACUACCGGUUUCCUACUGACCCAGACAAGAGGGCCAAAUGGAUUGCAGCUGUGAAGAGACAGGAUUGGGAGCCAACAGAGUACUCCAGACUUUGCAGUGAUCAUUUCAGGAGUUGAUGUCAAUGAACGCUCUCUUCAGCUAUGAUGACAGAUCAGCACCUCCCACUUUUGGAGGCCACGCCCAUGUUGGCUGAAAUGCCCCUUCACCCGCACAUGCUCAGCCGAGAUGGCAUGCAGCAGGUCCCAAGAUCUCAAGCCCUGACACGCAUAUCCCUUGAUCCAUGUGAAAUGGUCCUGGUACAGGUCAAUCCAGGAGAGACAUUUACUGUACGCACAGACGAUGGUCAGAUUCAGUGCAUUACAGGUCCAGCACAGGUGCCCAUGGUGUCCCCUAAUGGCACCGUGCCUCCCAUUUUUGUGCCUCCAGGUUACAUAUCUCAGGUGGUGGAAGAGAACGGCAUGUGGAAGGUGCUGGUUCUGCCUCAUACGAUGGAGUUUCAUCCCUCUUUACCCCCUGUACCUCCACAUCUACCACUGUACACCCCACAGCCACAACCAGCCAUGCUGCACCACCCACACUUUUACCCUACCGAACUCUCUCCUCACUAUAUUCACCAGCUGCCUGCACUUCCUGUCUACACUGAGCAAGACAUGAUGUGCCACAGUGUGUCAGUACCCAUCCGUGAAGAACGUGCAGUGAAAAUGCAGGAGCAGCUACAGCGGAGGCUGAAAGGUGGACAUCUGAGUGCUGCUAACGGCAUGCCCUUCACCCACAACGGACAUGGCAAAGUCCGGACAGGCAUGGCUUCUUCUCCAACACCGCCACGUCUUAAACACUCAGUCCGGAAUAGAGGCUCCCCUUCAAGUGACUAUGAGGUUAAAGCUACAGAUGCAGAAGAGGAAAUGAGCCGAGUGCAGGAACUCCUAUCUGCUGUAUGCAAACCAGCAGUGGGCAGUGUCAUGUCACAUUCUGCAGUUCUCUCCUGGCGUCCUCCACUCCCUGUACUGUCAGAAGCGGAUACACACUUACACUCACACCCUGCCCUGCCGCUCAGCUACGAGCUGGCCUUGUCUCAGAGUGGCACAGAGGGAGAUUUCAAACUUGUGUACCAAGGGAAAGACACUACAUGUACAUUGGGAGAGCUCAGACCUGCUACACACUAUUACGCCAGGGUGUGUGUGGCAUGUAGGUCAAUGAAGGGAGCCCCAUCAGAGAGUGUAACUUUCACUACAAUGUGCAGCGUCCCAGACACUCCUGCAGUCCCCCGACUUAUCCAGCGCACCAAGAGCUCCAUAAGCCUUCAGUGGAGAUCACCCAAUGACAAUGGCUCAAAAAUCACUGGCUUUUGCUUGGAAUAUCAUGAGCAGGGAAAACAAAGUGCAUUUAAGGAGAUUUACAGUGGCCUUGCCAAGCAGUACAAAGUUGUGCACCUCAUGCCUUCAACAAAAUAUGCCUUCAGACUUGCUGCUAAAAAUGAUAUAGGAAUGAGUGCCUUCAGUGCUGUUCUGAGUUGUUGCACAGCCAGCUGUGUCAUGUCUCCUCCUGCUCCUCCACCUCCACCUCGUCUCAUGGAGGCUGGCGUAACAUGGCUGAGUCUAGAGUGGAGCACCCCUUGUGGGACAGCCAGCCGAGACACACUCUCUUACAUUCUGGAGAUGGAAGAGAUUGGAUCAGGAUGUGGCUUUCAGCUGAAGCAUAGAGGAGAGGAGCAGUCAUGUGUAGUGAAGGAGCUCAGGCGAUACACCUCCUAUCGAUUCAGGGUGUCUGUGGCAGGACCAGAGGGUCACAAUGUAUCUAGCACAGUAGUGGACUACAGAACAUUGCCAGACCAACCAGGCAGCCCAGGAAAACCAUCACUGCACGGUUCUGUACAACCACACAGCCUGCAUGUUGUCUGGGAGACCCCAGAGGAUGACGGAGGUUCACCAAUCACUUUAUAUAUACUGGAACUCAGUCAGAGUGACCACCAGUGGGAUGUAGUGUACCGUGGGCCUCUCAGACAGCAUGUGUGUGAGGGCUUGCAGGAAGGGAGAUGGUACAAACUGCGGGUGUACUGUGAGAGUCUGGGAGGUCAGAGUCAGGUGUCGGAGAGUCUCUGUGUGCAGAUGGCUCCUCUGCCUCCAGGACCGUGCCAAGCUUUAUGUCCUGCAGAGGGAGCCACAUCCUCAGAGAUUUCACUAUCUUGGGAUCCUCCAGUGUGUGACGGAGGCGCAGCAGUGUCUCAGUACUGUGUGGAAAUGGCUCAGUCAGUGGGAGACCCUCAGCAGCAGGUGUUCCAUGGCUCAGAUCCCUACUGCACUGUGGGCCAACUUCUACCUGGCACAUCUUACCUGUUCUGGGUGAAAGCCUACAAUGCAGCAGGGUGGGGUCCCCUGUCAGACAUGUGCCAGGCUUCCACAACACCAGGAGCCCCAGAGCAGUGCAGUGUCCCAAAUCUUACACUCAGCACUUGCAAUAGUGUACUGGCCACCUGGGAGAGCCCAGCCUGUAAUGGGUCAGAGGUGUACGAGUUUCAGAUGGAGUGGGGUCUGGAGGAAAGUACUCUGGAGUUACUGUACUCUGGUUCUUCAUCUCAGUAUGAAGUGAGAGACUUGGAGCCAGCCACACAUUACUACUGCAGAGUUCAGGCAGUCAAUGCUGUUGGGGCAGGCCUCUUCAGUGAUGUUGCCACAAUAAAGACCCCAGCGUCAGUCCCAGCAACCGUGGAGCAUGUGGAGGAAAUUGGGACAGACUUCCAGGGUACUGGUAUAGCUCACAGUACCUCGACCAGUUUAGCUCUAAGGUGGACAGAACCCAAGUGUCAUGGAGCAGAGAUUUCUGGAUACAACAUAGACUUUGGAGAGGAGCACCCUCUGUCUGUAGGGAACACUAACUACCACAUACUGGAAAAUCUUCAUUCGGACACUACGUAUAGGAUACGAGUGCAAGCAGUGAAUAGCAUGGGUGCUGGUCCCUUUAGCACAGUCCUAAAGCUCAGGACACAACCUUUGCCUCCUGAACCCCCAGUGCUGGAGUGUGUGGUGGCUGGACCUCAGAGUCUGAAGCUGAAAUGGGGAGACAGGCUUCAGAACAGUCAUGGCACACACUACUGUUUGCACAUGCAAGCUGCCACGGACAGGUUGGUUUGCAUCUACAGUGGCCCCUGUCAUACAUUUAAAGUGCAGCGACUUUGUGAGGCUACCGAGUACCAGUUCAGCAUUCAGGCUCACAGUGCAGCAGGCGUGGGCCCCCUCUCUCCGCCUUACAUUUUCAGCACCACCCGUUCUCCACCUCCUCAACUCAAACCUCCAAAGGUUGAACUGGUCGAGUGGAAUAGGUAUACAGUCACAUGGGAGGCACUUCAGGCAAUGAGAGGAGACCCAAUUGUUUAUGCACUGCAACUGCUGAGGGGCCGUGAAGUGGAGCAGCUGUAUAAGGGUUCUGGAACCUCAUACACAUGGCAUAACUCCACAGUGAGUAGCAUGUAUCGCCUGCGUGUAUGUGCUGGUCGUCGGAGCACAGAUGGUGGAGAGCUAUGGGGUCAGUGCAGCCUCAGCACAGCCCUCCCUGCGACUGAGCCACCCAGAAUCUCAAGCUCCCACAAUCCCCAGCCCAAGAAGAGUUGGUCUCUUGCCGAUGAGCGCUUUGCAACUGUUCUGCUCCUCGGCUUUGUCAUAUUGGCCAUUCUGUUUGCCGUACUCAUCCAGUACUUUAUCAUCGAAGUGCAAUGAAGGAAGAGAAAAGGGUUUAAGUGCAGGAAGGGAAACAAGGAAUAAGAUGGAGAAAGAUGGAGAAAGAAAAAGUGGCGUGUUAGAGCAGAGCAGGCCUCGUAGCACAUAGCCGCCCUGGCUAGCACAGAGCAUUUUGAAAUGGUCAAAGCCCUAUUAUUAUUAUUAUUAUUAUUAUUAUUAUUUUGUAACGACUAUUCAUGCAUGGAAGAAAGAAAUUUACAUGGCAUCAGUAGGUACUUUGUUGUGUAAACUGUGACGAAUGGGACUUCAGUGUGCUGUUUGUGUACUUUUUAGAAGGUUACUUCACAGGUUUGGCCAGAUUUAUUAUUAUUAUUAUUAUUAUUAUUAUUAUUGUUUCAUAUGAAUUCAGAUUACUUUUAAAUAACAGAAGUUUCUCUAGGCAAGGCUGAUCACUCAGUGGUUUGGUGAGCUUGGCUGGUAUUUGGUACACAGCAGCCUUAUCUGAACAUUAAAGGACCUCAUUCUCAGUUUGGAAGUCAUGAGGUUCUCCUGAAACACCCUUGAGGAUUGUUACAUCAGUGAGUUUAUGUUGCUUUAUAAAAAUGAAGUCUUAUGGACUGAGUGCUUUUUACUGCCUAUGGGGAUUUUUUUGCGCAUAUAUCAUGUAGGCAGUAUUCCAGGUUUUUUUUUUCCUCAGUAUCAUGUUUUUCAAUAUAAAUUUUAAAAGGGAAACAGUGCCAAAGCGUUCAUAGACAUAGAAAAGUGCAUACUCAUACAUGACUGGAGUCUAUUGUACUCUCAUUUGCAGACAAGAACUAUUUUUAUGUUUAAGAAUUCAUAAUGUCAUAACCAUAUUAUAUGUAAUCAUUCAUUCAUUCAUUCAUUCAUUCAUUUAUCUGAGACAUUGGGAAAGCUCGAUUUUUAUGUUUUGCUGUCACCAGUGUGCAUAUGAUAGACUAUACAUACAUUCUAGCUAUGUUCAUGUACAUACAGAUAUGGCAGCAUUGCUUAGAUAGCCUAUAUGGAUAUGCAUUUGUUAUAAAUGUCUCUAUUUAGCUCAAACUGAGCAAUGUAGUCCCUUUCUGAUUUCUGCUUUUGGUGAAGAGUUUUAUUUUAUUGUACAAGUUUCGUUUAACACUACAUCUCCUCAGUUAAUUUGUGAUGAAUUCUUGUAGUUAUCUCAUCCAAAAGUUAGAGAUUUGGGGAUAAAUGCUGGUACACACCAUCUCCAGUGCCAGUGAAGCUGCUCCUAAGUUUGCAGUGUCUUGGUUGGUGCUUAGGAAUGUAGCAGGAGUACCCAUCCCUCCUUUCUUCUUUCCCUCCUUCAAAGGACUGCACAUGACACAAAUGGGAUUUUAAAUCUUUAGUUUCAAGAUUUAUUUUAUAUUUAUAUCCAUAUUGCAAAAUCAACCUUCCCAGAUUCAUCCUGGUGUUUAGUCCAGAUGAAGCUCAUGGUUUUUGAUCUUGUUAUUGUUUUAGUUUUUGUUCCCUGAGUUGUUAUUUUAUAUAACAUUGUUAAUGAAAUGAGAAUAAUAAUUUUAUGUGAUUUCCUAUUGUCCCUUUCACAGAAUAAUUUCCACCUUAGAUGUAAUUGAUAGUGCUUGAUGAAGUAGACCCAGAGCAAAGUGCCUCUGUCUGAAAAGGCAUCAUGUUGUAAGUACAUCAGUGUCAGUCUAGAAUCUUUACCUUUCUUUGCCUUGGUUACCUUAAAGACUCAAAAUCUUAAUAAUUAAUUCAAGUGCAGAGUACACUUAGUUUCUGAUGCUUCUGUACGAGGCCUACUUUUGAGCUUCUCAUGCAAAUGCAAAGCUGUGCUUCACUACCAAAAGUAGUGAUAAACAUAUUUAUAGAGCUGCUAGUGUUUUUAUUUACGAUGGAGAAAAGCUGCUGUCUGAACUUCCUUGUUUUCAAACUUGAAUAGAGCUGUACGCUGUUUGUUCUUUAUACCUCUUUUGUGUCGCUGAAGCCAUUCACAGCACAACAGAUGCAGUUUUUCCCUUUGCGUUUCUUUCACUUUGUCAUUUACCUUUAGACGUAUUGCUUCAUCGUGUUGAUCUUAGCCUUAGGGCUUUCCAUAUUUACCUGUAUACUUUGCAUUGGAUCAAAUUUCAAAAUAGGUCCUGGGAUAUCUCAAGGUUUCUGACAUAUUGAAUGUCUUAGAUAUAGAAGUAGACUUCUAAUUUACUCAGAAUGCCUUUUAGAGAGUACUGGUCAACAACACACACAUUCUUAAUGCAUUUAUUUUGCCAAGUUGUUCAUGUUAAAGGAGCCUGCUGUGCAAAUAUCAGUCAUUUAAUAAGUGACCCCUGGAAAUGAACACAGUCACUGAGAAAUUAACUUGCUGAAUCACAGGAGUGCGUAAACUAGUAAUAACAGAUUAUUAUAUAGGGAAUUUCCAUUUAAAAAGGUGCUGGUAGCAGGAAUCUGUUGGGCUAAAAGUGUUUGUUUGUUGUUGGGGUUUUUUGGUAACAAUUUACAUCAAGGUACAUUAAAGUAACUAGAUGUGAGAUUUUGGAAUUUCACUUUUUCAGCCUCCUCUGAUUAAAAAAAAAAGUCCUAUUACAAUCUACUUUCAGGACAUUUCAUAAUUUGGGUUGUGUUCCAAUUUUCUCUGACUAUACACAUCGAUCUCAGUCAUCAGCCGCUUCACCGUCACUGUGACUACAGGCUGUUUGGCACAACUACUGCUAAUUUUAGCAAUCUGGCUAAAGUAUAGUGUGGAGAGUGGUUGGUUCUGUUUCAUUUUUCACCUGAUCUGUGUUUGCUGUGUAUUUUGUUAUUUAAUGUGUUUUGUUUUCCAGCCUGCCAAAAUAGCUUGGCAAUAACUGGCUAGUUAAUACAAGCCAGUGUAUAAAGAGGCACACAUCAGGUGGGCAGUGGGCCUGAAUCACUCACUCUUGCCCUAUAUAUUUAAACAUAGUUAAAAUACAAAAAUAUGAAGAAACUCACCAACACAUCCCAUUAGUUACUAGCCACCAAUCAUGAGUUUUCUAACUCAACAACUUCUCAAUAAUACAAAUUCUACAGCAAGGAUAAAUCAGCUCACUGUCAUUCACUAGGUUCCCCAUUAGGAUCAGACUUCUUUCAUGUCUAAAAUGAGGAGUGAAUAUGUUUGAUGCAUCUGACCUGGGGUGUUACAUAUACGUACGAAUAUCCCGCCAAUUCCAACCCGAGUCCCCUGAUAUAGCACUGACUGUCACAUUACAGGGUUGUCAGGGAGACUCGCAGCAGCUGAGAAACAUAAUUUUAUAAAGUAUGUUUUCUUCCCUGACCAUAUAGUUAUAUAUUUUUUGAAACCAUAUGCCCUGUAGAGUUUUAAGCUACACUAUUUGCUGCAUUAUUUAAACUAAACAAACCAUAAACUUCAGCAUUAAUACAUCAUAAAUAUUGCAACCACUACUUGUAUUUACUGUAUUUUUUUUUAAAUAAUGAACAUCUGUGAUGUUUUCAUUCCAUCUAUUAGUAAAAAACCCAUCGCCCAUACAGUAAACACCGAUAUGAACUAAUGUACUAAUUAAUGUUUGUAGUAGUUAUUUAGCAAAUUCAUUAGUAAGGAUGAAUGCUAGGUGCCAAUAUUAACACCAACUACUAACUUGAUUGUUAACAUUUAGUAACAGUGCCAUUUAAUUGAUGCUGAUUUAUCUGGACUUUAAUGAAACACUCAUUGAGAGUUCCAUUGGGAUCUGAGAGAUUAAUUACGCGAAGGUUUAGCUUUCUGUAUUUAAUUUGCAUUCUGUUUCAUUUUGUUUCGUCUGUGGCAAUAAUAAUGUGGCACAUGUGGCAUGGUUAAAAUUACAUGCUUAAGAUCAGUGCUGAAGUCUAUGGAAUGUUAAUGUUCAAUAAUUCAGAAAAUAAUAUGAGUUUAGUGCACCUUAAUGUAAAGUGUUCUCUUUGUAAAAACCUAACAACUUGCUGCUACCAGAAAAUGGACUGUUCAUCCUUUAAUGUAAGCCAAAAACCAAAAGUAAUCUGUAUACAUCACACAAGUGUAGAGCGUUAAAGCAUUCAAAUAAAACAAUAGCAUUUAAUGAUGUAAGGAAAGUCCAUGGACCAAAGAUAUUACUGCUGCAGUAUAUUUAAAUAUGGUUUAAUGUCAACAAUGCAUGUUUAAACCUCUUUAAAAUGCUUGAGUUCAUGAUUAUUUUAAUCUGUUGAUCACAUCAUCCAAACUGGUAUUUUUUUCCAAGCAAACUGUGGGACUCCUAAUUCACUGUGCUUAUGAAAUGAAUGGCUAAAUUCACACUUAGGAAUGACCUAUGAAAUGGCCCGUUUUUAUGCGAGAAUAAUGGAGAAAUCAGCGUUUGUGCUUUUCUUUUUACCCAUACAAUUUUCAAAAUAAAAUGCAAGAGCUUUUAGGUUUCUAGUUGUAGCCCUAAGGCUCAGUAACCUCUGUGCAGUUUUAAUUUUGUGUGUAAGCUACUGCAUUUGUAAUCUCAUAGAAUUUCAAUUUCCUGAAGAUGUAACCAAAGCCAGUACAAAGACUGUUAACAGGCACUGAGGUUACUGUGCACACACUGUCUUGCUUUACAUUUUGCCAUGAUUUAAAAUAAAAAAAAAGGCUCAUAAAGCAUAAGAAGCCAUAAGGGACAGCCUGAAUUGUCAUGGUCUCUCUGUCUGUGGCUCGCUGCUAAAAACACUAACAAACAAAAAUAGGUUAAAAAAAAUAUUUUAAGCCCUAAGUAGUAUUUCAGUGUUUUAGAAUGUCAUGUGUAAACUAGGGAAAUAGACUGGCAUCACAAACAAAUUAGCAGUCAGUAGCCUAUAUUGUGUGCCAGCAUGUACAUGGAAUCAUCUUUAUGUCAAUCUACCAGCUCCAAAUCACCUUUUCUCAUGCCAGUGUUUAUAGAUCACAUUUUUGAUACUGAACAUUUUUUUUAUUUUGAAAUAGAAAAAUUAUACAUUCCAAAAAUAUUUAUCUGUUGUUUUUUUUACUCACAUUAAAGACUGCCAUGUACCGUAUGUCAUAACUGACUUGUAACAAUCAUAGAUAAUAUAUUUA